AGUUCGGUACCGGUGCCACGUACGCUGCGUUGGUGACAAUCAGGGAACCAAAGCUGGGCACCAUGGCGGACUGGACUCGGGCUCAGAGCCCUGGUGCUGUGGAGGAGAUUCUAGACCUGGAGAACAAGCGGAUGACUGAUAGCUUGGCCUCCAAGGUUACCAGGCUCAAAUCGCUGGCCCUGGACAUUGAUAGAGACACAGAAGACCAGAACAGGUACCUGGAUGGCAUGGACUCGGAUUUCACAAGUGUGACCGGCCUGCUCACAGGGAGUGUGAAGCGCUUUUCCACGAUGGCACGGUCUGGGCGAGACAACCGGAAGCUUCUUUGUGGUAUGGCUGUGGGCCUGAUUGUGGCCUUCUUCAUCCUCUCCUACGUCUUAUCAAGGGCAAGGACGUGAAGCAGUGGGAGCCAAGGGCAGCUGGGGUCUUCCUCACCUGGUAUCCUGGGCUCCUGAGGACUUACCUACAAAAUAUUCUUUUGUAAUUUCCAUCAUGGGACAGGCUGUUUCUUCCUAUGUGCUGAAGGCCACAGCUGCCUCUGACCCAAUAAGCUUGUAUCUGUCACAAAGGGACCCUUUUCCUUGGGUAAACCAAGGCCCAGCCCCCAGCUGCAAUCCCUGGUGCUAGAGACACUGACAAAGCCAGGGCAUGUCGUGCCAGAAUGAGCCAGGUCUGAACAGAGCAGCUGUGGGUCCUAAAUGUGUCCACUGUGGCUGGCAGCCCUUUUUCCAGCUCUCAGGGCUGUGAUACCAUAAGGCCCUUCUGUCCUGUCUGUGCCUCGGUGAGAUCGUGAGAAGCCUAGGGCUGAAGCCAGAAGGAAGGAGCUGUGGCUGUGAACCCUAUGUCAGCUGUCUCCAACUGAAGUUUCCUCAGCCUGUAUGUGGCAGUUACUCCUGGCCAAGGCUGCUGAGCAGGGGUGGGCCAAGAGUUUCCAUCAUGAGACCUGUGCCCAACAAUUUCUGAAUGAAGCCAGACCCCUGGGAAGGACAAGGCUUGUAUGCAAGAGUGGACCAAGACCUUGGCUGGACAGUGAGCUUGGAUCCUUCUGGGUCACAGGGGUGUAUGUCCAGGAGCAGAGGAGCAUGCCCUCAGGAUUCAGGUCAGAUCUCCCCAGUGUCAAAGUUAUAUCCAUCCCCAAGAGAGUAAACCCAGAAAUGGUCCAUUCUGGCUUUUCAGAGUCAGGCAAGAGAUCUUCCUGGUGAGGGUCCACCUGGUAGGGUCUACGCUACCUAGUGAGAGUGGCCACACCAUUGGUAGCUGGAACUUUUACCCCACACUACCUCCUGCUCUUCCUCCCACAGCCAAUCUUCCCUUGCUGUGGAGGACUUCUGAGCCACCCUCCUCUACAGAUGCCUUCCCCCUCAAUGCUCUUUCGUUCACACAGACUGAAUUUUUGGGCUAGCAGGUCUAGAAGCUUCUGAGAGCCCAGCAUCUUUGUCUUCACAUCAAAAACAUGUUUAAGGAAUGAAUGGUAAAGUUCUGUGCUUUUCUUUGUCCUUAUGUAUAUAUGUGUCCCUGUUACUCCUUCCCUCCUCUUGGACUAUUGGCUCAUCGUCUAUAUCUAUUUGUGUGGCCACACCAUGAGGCCUGUCUAUCCAGAACUACUACUUCCAAGGUCCAGACUGACACAGAUCAGCCACAGUCUGGACUCUCAGCACCUGUGGUCCCACCUUAAUCCAACCUCCAGCGCUGAGACCCUUCUCUUCUUUCAGCAGCCUACUUUUCUCCACACAUAUUCACCAUCAUACCCCUUUUCUUAUGUCCUGGCCCUUCUGUUAGGUCUGGGAGAGCCCUUAAGUCUUGUGGAGAAGGCUCUGUGGCUUUGCUGUUUCUAUGACACCCUUCCAGCUGGACUGGUCUAGCUUGUGCCAUUUCCUUUGAUGACCCCCUGUACACCCUGCCACCCUUGUUCCCGGUGUCCUGUGCACCAGGGCUUAUCCUGCUUGUUACAAGCAUGAUAGCAGCUGCCUGCAUCAUUUCCCCAUCUGGUCCCUGCAGGCACUGUGGUGGGCACAUAAUGCAUCAGCUCUGCCUUCUGUCUUCCUGGACAACAUGCUGCUGACUUCUCUACUUGAGAACACAGCUGAGCUGUGAAACCCAAACCAGAUAUCUGGAUGCUCUUGCCAUGGCCGGUGCCUGCUCACCCUAUGGGGUCAAGUUAGGAGUUUAGGCCUGCAUUUUGGAGGGAUUUCCCCUGGCAUAGUGCUUUCGCCAUCUUUCCAAGACCCUUUGAGGCUAUGUUCUCUCCUGGGGUCUCCAUCUCUGCCCCCCACCUACCCAUCUCCAUGGCAGUCCUCCAGCUAUUUUGGGCUCUGGGUUAUAGCUGUUUUCCAGUUUACUUUUUGUUCCUUGUUCUUGCUUGUAUGAAUCUUGUGUUGUAUGAAUUCCAGGAAGGAGAUAGCAACCCCAUGGCUACUGGGUCAGACCAGUUUCCUGAAGGGCCAUAAGCAUGGUCCUCUAACCUGGCCCUGUGCACCAGGCACCUAACCCUGUGGAUAAGUGGGGUUCCAACUUGGUCCCUGACACCAGCAAACCAAAAAAAGACCUCUGGGACCCAGUGUGUGAUGCCAUGGGAUGAGCUGCCAGGCUGUAUCCCACAGUUCAAGGACAUGUUGGCAAUAAAAACUUGGAAUAAACAGCUUCUGAAGAAGAAAUCGGUGUACUCUUUGUCUUUAUUUCCUAGGGGUUUGAGGGAGUUUUCUGGAGUUGGCCCUGGUCCAUGGGCUGGCUGUGGGUACUGGAAUAGAUCCUCUCCAUCUUCUGGGGAUCCCUUGUCACCACUCAUCCAUCCCCUCAUCAGAGCUGUCCCCAGGUUGGACAGCCACAGACCCACUAAUUCCUGCUGUGUGGCCUUUCU